AUAUAAUUCUAUUAUAGGAUGCCGCUUUCCUCGUUGGUAACGUCCAUAGAUCUGAUUUUUACUUUCAUUCCCCGCUUUAAGCAAAAUCCGUGCUUAUCUUUCCUGAGAAUCAGGAUUUAAGGCUGGUAAGCAAAGUGCCAGUCUGACGUCAGUCCUCGCCUCGCACACCAGCACGCAGCAUUAUACCCGCCCACACUUGGCCAAAACACAAAGCGGUCUCUUUUCUUCACCCAAACCGGCUACCGCUGCCUCCGAGCGACUUGAGCAGGAGCACAUGCCCGUCAAACAGGCGAGGUCUGACCGCUGUUGACGGCUGCGCGGUCGGGCAUUACUCGGAUGGAGCUCUUCUUGCAUUGUUACACGGGCGACGGGCGGAUUUGAAAGGCAUCGGCCGAGAUGCACCGUGGCUGUUGCCAAGCGCCGAUCUACAGUGAUACGGGCCGGGUUUUACCAUGGUUUUCAGACGGUCAGCUCGGAGAAUGCGGUGGCUGGGAUGUUAUCGGCUGGGGCCCAUAUGGAAAGCACUCCUGGUAUUUGUUGUCAUCGCUUUUGCAGGGCAACUUCUGGGAGUCAUUUUCAACAAGAGCUGGAUGCAGCCGGAGAGGCCUCAGUCCCUCUACUCUCUUCCCUCUGAUAACACCCAAGGCUCCUCUCUGGGCUCCUGUCAGCCACACAUCCACAUCAUGUUCCUGAAGACUCACAAGACGGCAAGCAGCACCGUUCUUAACUUACUCUAUCGCUUUGGUGAGGAGCGGGACCUUAAAUUUGCCCUGCCUUUGGGCUAUCAGUUCGGCUACCCGCUGCCCUUUAUUGCCCAGAGGGUGAAAGGAUACAAAAGCCCUCAUGUGGGAGAAUUUGACAUCAUGGGAAAUCACAUGCGGUUCAACAAACCAGAGGUUGAGAAGGUGAUGCCACCUGACACCUUCUAUUUCUCCAUCCUUCGAGACCCUGUGGCUCUAGCUGAAUCUUCUUACGCCUACUAUAAAAACGUUGCCCCUGCCUUUAGGCGUGCCAAAGGACUGGGUGAUUUUGCUGACAACCCCUACAAGUACUAUGACCCAAGGCUCCGCAAUAACCAUUAUGCCCGCAACCUGAUGUGGUUUGACUUUGGUCUAGAUCAUACGGCCAACUUUAGCCUAGCAUUGGCUAAGCGUGGCGUGGCUGCAGUUCGUCGCAACUUCAAGCUCAUUCUUCUCUCCGAAUACUUUGACCAGUCUAUGGUGCUGCUCCGCCACGCUCUGUGCUGGCCGCUUGAUGCUGUGGUUUCUUUCAGCUUGAAUGCCAGGCAGCAGGUGCCCACUGGGAGAUCAGCAUGGGUGGGCAAGCUUAUAGCUCCUUUGGCUUUAACAGACAAGCAAAGAGUGAAAUUACGUGAGUGGAACGCACUAGACUGGCACCUUUACCAAGCUUUCAACCUCACUUUCUGGCAGGAAGUGGAACGCUUCGGCCGUUCUCGAAUGGAGACCGAGGUGGCCUUGCUUCGAACCAAACGGGAAGUUCUCACUCGCAUCUGCUUACGUGACGGCGGACGUCCCAUAGAGGCCGGUCGUAUCCGGGACAAGACAAUCCGCCCCUUCCAGAGUGGAUUAGUGAAAAUCUUGGGAUACGAGUUACAGUCGGGACUGAACAACGCCACUUGGGAAGCUUGUCUUCGCAUGAUCAGGCCUGAGAUCCAAUACAAAGACUUGCUGGAUCUUCGGCAGUUCCCAAGAGCCCAGCAACCCUCAUUCGCAGGAGGGCCUCCGUUAAAGAGGGAGUCCUCCAUUCUCAGGGCUGACGACCAUGGAGGAAAGAGGUUGGUGGAAAAGGACUGGGAUGGGACUAUUAUGUUUAGGAAUCAAUCAUUAGAGCAGGCUGAUUCAAAAGUAAGACUUAGAUAGAUAGUGAGCUAGUUGCACCUUUUUGCCUCAAGGUCAAUAAUUCUGACCCAUUUUGGCUCCACGGGCCUCUGUGCUGCACUACUAGAAGAGACGAGGGGAUUCCAAGAGAUAAAUCACACCACUUUUGUCAUUGACUCUUCCUUAUCUUGCCCUUCUACACUCUUGUUUUGUAGAGCAAAGUUUCAGAGAGAAGAAGAGGUCUGUAAGUACAGCAGUGACUGGAGUGAUAGAAAGGUAUGAAUAUGCCAGAUGGUGGUGAAAUGAAAAGUGAUAUUGGAGAUAAGUGAGAAAAUGCUGCUUUUCUGUCCACGAUGAGUCAUGGUUGGAACAAGUAUGCAACCUAGCAGUGUAUUGGUCAUGGUAAGUGGUUGCAUUGUUUUAAACAACACCACUUUCUAGAGUAAAUUUGGUACUACUACUGUUCAAAAGUUUGGGGUCAGUGUAUAUAUAUUUUUAUUUUGGAAGGAUGCAAUAAAAUAUAUUUGUAAUGUUACUUCAGACUUUUUUCCACAUAAAAUGGCAAUUUUCCAACAAUAAGACAUUCGUCAUGAGCAUCAUGUUAUAUGAAGGCUGGUGAGAAAUGGCCGC